GCGGCCCGAAGACAGGGACGCCGCCAAGCCUGCGCGACCAGCGCCCUCCCCCUCUUCGCCAGGACAAGGACGAGCCCCGCCGGCCGGAGCAUGGCCCGAGGCGCCGCAGCCAGCCCCGCCUCUCCGCCCCGCCUCCUCCCGCCGUCGCUGCUGCUGCUGUGGAGCGGGGUCGUGUACCUGGCUUGCUGCGGGACCCCGGCCGGCGCGCAGCAGCCCGUCCCCUGCCAGGCCCCGGUGCAGUGGGAGGGGCGCACGGUGCGGUACGACCACAACAGCGGCAAAAACACCCGCGCGCUGGUCACCUACGACAGCCCCAACCAGCGGCUCCGGGUCCUGGAGGAGAGGAAGGGGCUCAUCCCUUGCAAGAAGUUUUUUGAAUAUAUAUACCUAUAUAAAGAUGAAGUGAUGUUUCAGAUUGAGCAGGUUACAAAGCUGUGCUCCAAAAUGGCUUUGACUGAGCCGUGGGAUCCUUAUGAUAUUCCUGACAAUUCAACCUAUGAAGAUCAGUACUAUAUCGGUGGACCUUCAGAUCAAAUUAUGGUACAGGAAUGGUCUGAUAGAAAACCAGCUAGGAAAUUUGAAACCUGGGUUGGCGCUUACACAAUGAAGGACUGUUACCCAGUUCAGGAAACCUACACCAAGAACUACAGUAUGACCACCUCCACCCGCUUCUUUGAUCUGAAGCUGGGGAUAAGUGACCCGUCCGUAUUCACCCCUCCCAGCACCUGCCAAGCAGCCCUGCCAAAAAGGAUGAGUGACGAAUGUUGAUGGUGGACGUGUUGGCUUUUGUAUGCAAACAAAGGAUACCGUGUGGAUGGCCGUUAAUGAUCAACCGCUGGCAUCUGACAUGGGCGUUGGGCUUUGCAGAAAUGCAGAGUUGGGAAAUGAGGCUAGGCGGAGUAGGGAAUCCAUCUCUUCCCCCAGUGUCUCCUCCUAACGUUGCACUCAUAGACGAUGUUCCCUCUAAGCUAUGGAGCCCUGUGAGCAAAAAUUCUACUUUGUGAGCUAC